UGUCGGCGCCUCAUAUGGCUCAUGUUGUGCUCCAGUCUCCUCAUACUCUGCCUCUUCCUAUGCUAUCAAGUAGUCCAGGGCUAUCUCCUGCAGCCGAAGACAGUCACAUCAAGGUCGUCCACGAAACCAUCACCGAAUACCCAGCCAUCACGGUCUGCAACCUCAACCCUUUCCCCCUGAAGGACUCCGUGCCCAAGGGGUCCGUGUGGGAGCAUUUGGUGGAGCUCGAGGCGGACUUCGAUCGCCAAAUCCUGCGACGGCCUCGGCUACAGCACCCACUACGGCGCCGGCGGGGUUCCAGACUACUUCGGGGACCAGUACGACUACGGGGACUACGAUUCCUACAACGACACGAGCUACCCCGACGGCCGCAACGAUUCGACCUCUGGCGAUGACCUGACGCGGCGCAGAAGGUCGACUCACUCCUUCAGCGACUUCGAGGACCUCAUGGACGACCUCGACCUGCGUCCUUUCGACCUGAAGGAGGCGUCGAAGGGAAGAAGGAAGGCGAGAUCCGCGGCCACUGGUGGAACGAGCAGCCAGGGUGGAACGGACGGUGGAACGCAGGGUGGAACUGGGG